GCAGGACCAAAAGAAUGAAAAUCAGCCCCUUUAGUCGAGACUCAGCACUCCAUUAUAGAAACAGACAUGGGAAAUAAUUGUUUUCUAUGAGUGGGCGGAAGAGAAACUGAAACUAAAAAAGAUGUCUCCCAAAAAUCUGGACGUGCACCGAGAUCUGUGCCCCCCUUGCUGAUCCCAGGACGGCUGCGUGGUCCGUGCUGAUGCUGUGAAAGCGCGAGGUGCAGCUCUGCGGGCGCAUGCAUUUGCGCGUAGUGGCGGGUGGGAGGCGCUGUAGGGCUUGCGUGAACGCAACAAAGUGAAAGGGGAGGAGCAGCGUCGGGGAGAAAAGUGGCCACACGGUGUGCCAGCCCGUCCGAGCAGUCGCUUACAUCUCAGAUCCGCCGCCGAGCAGGGAGCACAGCGAGACGCGUCAGCCAGCGAAGUCCCCGUCCACUCCACUUGGUGACGUGCGGAGCGGCGCACAGACAGGCCACUUACCGAGCCGCGCACAGCCGCCACCGGCGCACACUCCCGUUCCUUUUGCUGUAAAAUGCAACAGCAGUCUUUGCGGGAUAAAGACAGCAUUCACACGUAAAGCAGCGCCGUAGCGAAACAAGGACAAACGCCGGGGGACAGGAGCAGCGAGCGAGCGAGCGGCCGGGGAGGCAGGGGGAGUUUAGACGGAGCACGGGCACUUGUCCUAUCAUGAAUGAACGAGAGGAGGAUCAUCAGUUUCACUGCCAUCCCUCUGCUGAGGACCAUAGCCCAACAAAUGGUGUGUGCGGCGCUCACGUUGUGCGCAAGCGCUCCUGCAAGGAGGAAAGAACUAACUUCACGUCUCAGGGACGGUGGUAGAAACCGAAAGGGUUAGUGGAAUAGGGAAAUAGGUGUGUAGGUGUGCGCGUGUGUGUUUGUGUGAGUGUGUGUGUGUGUGUUAAGGUGACUGCGACAGUUCAGUUUUAAUAAAGAUUCAAAAAUGGCUCUUAAUCAGGUGUAGACGGCAACACUCAAAAGAUCUAAUUUGUCUGUGAUGAGCAUCCCCAUCCACCAGAGACCAAAGGCCUGCCCCCGUUGUUCCCUCUGAAAGGAAGAGGAAGUGAUGUCACGCCACCACCACCGCUUUGAGAGGGACUAUCGGGGACCCUGGGAUCGGAGAGACAUCCGUCCCUCAGGCCUGCACAAUGGAGGAGCCAAUCAUAGCUGUGCCUCUGCCGUUGUCAAUGGCAACAACCGCCCGGGGCUCCUUCCCCUCCCAGUCAUCCCCUCCCUCCUCCCCACCCCGGUCACAGUUGCCGUGACAACAUCGAGCAGCGACAUAGCGGUCAAGCGAGGCAUCACGGCAGCAGGAUCAGUGGCUCCGGCGUCGGCCAAGGUCUCCGGUCUGUCUCCUGGAGACAGCCAGACCCCAGGACUGCUGCUGGCUCCGGGGGUGAGGUGGGGACAGACGCCCAUCAACCAGCUCACACCCUGGGAUACAGAUGAGCCUCCCACCAAGCAACAUCGAGACAGCGAGCCCACAGGUCCGGCCUGGGCUGCACCAGUAGCAGCAGUGAGUCAGCCCAGUCUCCUUCCCCACACCUACGCCCUCCCCCAGCCGCCUUCUUUCAGCCACAGCGUGACCGCGCAGUCUCCCAUCAUAGGGGUAACCCCAUCCAUCCAGACACCGGUACCCCCGCAACACCCUCUCAUGACCGCCCACUUCCAGCUGACGCCGCAGUCCACCCAGCAACCGCCCACCAUGGUGCUGAGCAUGCCCAGCCAGCCUCCGUACGCCUCCGCUCAGCCCACGGUCGCACCCUCAGCCCUCGCUGCUCAAGGCAACCAGGUGGUUCAUCCAAACCCCCACAGCGUGAUGGGCAACGGCCACUUAACCUCUCACCCAGGCCUCAUCCAGCCCCCCGCCCUGCCUCUGACAAACGGACAGGCGGCGGCUGCAGCGGCGGCGGCGGCGGUGGCGGCAGCGCAGGCCCAGCCCACAGCUGCAGACAAUCAGGAAGGUCCUAACGGGCUGCAAAUGCUGCGGACAGUCGGGAUGGGGAAGUACGAGUUCAGUGACCCGGGACAUCCGAAAGAGAUGUUGAAGGAGCUGAACCAGCAGCGCAGAGCGAAAGAGUUUACAGACCUGAAAAUAAUUGUUGAAGGCAAAGAGUUUGAAGUCCACCAAAAUGUUCUAGCUUCCUGCAGCUUGUAUUUCAAGGACCUGGUGAAAAGGUCGUCGGGGGAGACGCGGAGCGGGGAGGUGCUGGAGCUGAACAUGAGCAACAUCAGCGCCGACGUGCUGGAGCAGCUGCUGGAGUUCGUCUACACGGGAUCGCUGGUCAUCGACUCGGCCAACGCCAAGACGCUGCUGGAGGCCGCCAACAAGUUCCAGUUCAACACCUUCUGCAAAGUCUGUGUCUCCUUCCUCGAGAAACAGUUGACUGCGGCGAACUGUCUGGGAGUGCUGGCCAUGGCUGAAGCCAUGAGCUGCACGGAGCUCCAUAACAUGGCCAAAGCCUUUGCUCUGCAGAACUUCCCCGAGGUGGCAGGACAGGAGGAGAUUUUGAGCGUGUCCAAGGAGGAUCUGGUGGCCUAUCUGUCCAACGACAGUCUCAACACCAAGGCUGAGGAGCUGGUCUACGAGACGGUCAUCAAGUGGAUCAAACAGGACUCCAACUCCAGAGUGCAGAAUUUGUCAGAGCUGUUGGCGGUGGUGCGUCUUCCCUUCAUCCACCCGUCCUACCUGCUGAACGUGGUGGACAACGAGGAGCUGAUCAAGUCGUCGGAGGCGUGCCGCGAUCUGGUGAACGAGGCCAAGCGCUAUCACAUGCUGCCCCACGCGCGGCAAGAGAUGCAGACGACCAGGACUCGGCCGAGGCUCUCUGCCGGUGUAGCGGAGGUGAUAGUUCUGGUGGGAGGGCGCCAGGCGAUCGGGAUGAACCAGCGCUCCCUGACAGCAGUCACCUGUUUCAACCCCCAGAACAGUAAGUGGUACCCGCUGGCCAGCCUGCCCUUCUACGACCGCGAGUUCUUCAGUGUCAUCUCGGCGGGAGACAACAUCUACCUAUCAGGUGGCACAGAGUCCGGUGUGAUGGUGGCUGAUGUUUGGUGCUACAUGUCCCUGCUGGACAACUGGAAUCUGGUGUCCCGGAUGACGGUGCCGCGCUGCAGACACAACAGCCUGGUAUACGACGGCAAACUCUACACCAUCGGAGGACUGGGAGUAUCAGGGAACCUGGACCACGUGGAGAGGUACGAUACCAUCACAAACCAGUGGGAGACGGUCUCACCUCUUCCCAAGCCGGUCCACUCCGCGGCCGCCACGGUGUGCGGAGGGAAGGUGUACGUGUUCGGAGGCGUGAACGAGGCCGGGCGCUCGGCGGGCGUCCUUCAGUCCUACGUACCGCAGAGCAACACCUGGAGCUUCAUCGAAUCACCCAUGAUAGAUAACAAAUACGCCCCUGCAGUGAGUCUAAAUGGUUUUAUAUUCAUCCUGGGAGGAGCCUACGCUCGAGCCACCACUAUCUAUGACCCAGACAAAGGCAACAUCAAGGCCGGUCCCAACAUGAAUCACUCGCGGCAGUUCUGCAGCGCGGUGAUCCUGGACGGGAAGAUCUACGCCACAGGGGGCAUCGUGAGCAGCGAGGGUCCAGCGCUCGGCAACAUGGAGACCUUCGACCCGUGCACCAACGCCUGGACUCUCCUGCAGUCGCUGCCCUGUCCGCUCUUCAGACACGGCUGCGUGGUAAUCAAAAAGUACAUUCAGAGCGGCUGAGGGGUGGCCGGUCAUCACCGGGUCGACGCCAAACACCAGCGGAGCUCCAGGUUGUGGGACGAUGUGCGAGAUGGCAGCUUAGGGCCGAGCCGGUCGGUCGGUCAGAGACCUCUGGACUUGACGCCAGCAUCCAUCCACCCCGUUACUUGUCCCACCCCACCCAACAACAACAACAAAAAAAAAGCCCUGUGCAGAAUGUACUCAUGUUCAACUACUCAGCCAUGUCAGGUGACGAAGCCUAACCUCCAGUACUGUAUGUGUCAUGGUAGUAGUUCAUCCAUCCAGGCACAGGGGCCCUCUUAGUAAACUACAAACUCUUUUGUUUUUUUGGUUUUUUUUGAUGAAGUCGUCAGUGAUUCAGUUCCGUCUUUUCCCGAUCUCUGUUAACUCAUCACCUCUCUGUCUGUUUACGGACUCGGCACAGUGAAAGCCAUCGCGGGUCUAAAACUUUUGUCCCUUUUUUCAGAGUUGUGUUCGACAGGUGUAGGUUUCAUAGUCAUUCGUUAGAGCGCAGUUUCUUUUUUGGUGUACGAGCAUUUUUCAGUGGUGACAUCUACAGGACAGGAGGAAAAAAAAAAAGUGAAGGAAGGGAAUCCACCGACUGUUUUCCUCUUUAUCAGUUGACUUGACGAGUUUCUUCUCUCUCCGCUGUAUCAGGAAGUGAAAUUCCCUCCUGAGCGUGCAGAUUUAUGAGGUGAUUUUAAAAACAGAUUUUGAACGCUGUAUAACCCGGUUCUUUUAAUGGCUUGCUAAACAUAGGAAAAACCAUAAAAUCUGGGUCAGGUGGGGUUUAAAGAGAGAAAAUCUUUAUUUUUUUUUUCUUUGUUCCAGCCUGAUUGAGAUAUCGUCUGGAGCGCGAGGUUGGUUGGCCUGUUUAUUUCCCCUGUUUGAUUCAUUCUCUCUUGCUCUCUGGGACAAAGACAGCAUUACAUUGAGAGAGAGGAGGGAAUUCAUCCUUCCACUGACGUCUGAUCAGAUGCUCGAGUUGGGACAGUUCCUCCGGAAAAAAAGCACAAUAACCACCCGUGACUGUUAUCAUAGACGUUUAUCUGUUGAUCCAUGGUUCAUGUCUUUCCAUCUGAUUACUCCCCCAACACCACCUUCUUUUUGUUUUAUACAAAUGUUUUCAUUGCAACCCACAAAAUGAUGUUGGGUUGGUAUUCUGUAAAUACAGGAAGGAAAUAUGUAUAUUUUAAAAACCUGAAGGCAAUUCUGUAUAAAUGUUUUUAGAAAAAAAAACAAAAAAACUGAUAGGUUGGAUUCAAAAAUGGUAUGUCUGUAAAUCUGUACCCAGAAAGGAGAAAUUAACAGUUGUUAUUAUUGAAACCUAAUACAUAUACCAGAACAUAAA